AUGAAGGAGUCUCAGCACCCUGUAGUCACCCUCAGUCCUCCACACUCUACAGGGCAGGAGUCUCAGCACCCUGUAGUCACCCUCAGUCCUCCACACUCUACAGGGCAGGGGUCUCAGCACCCUGUAGUCACCUUCAGUCCUACACACUCUACAGGCCAGGAGUCUCAGCACCCUGUAGUCACCCUCAGUCCUACACACUCUACAGGGCAGGAGUCUCAGCACCCAGUAGUCACCCUCAGUCCUCCACACUCUACAGGGCAGGAGUCUCAGCACCCUGUAGUCACCCUCAGUCCUACACACUCUACAGGCCAGGAGUCUCAGCACCCUGUAGUCACCCUCAGUCCUCCACACUCUACAGGGCAGGAGUCUCAGCACCCUGUAGUCACCCUCAGUCCUCCACACUCUACAGGGCAGGAGUCUCAGCGCCCUGUAGUCUACAUCAACACUUUCAGUAAAGUCUGA